AUGGAGAUGCUGGAGAGACGGGGUGAUGGUGCCACGUUCACGCCCUUCAACUGCAAAGCUGAUCGCACGAACGCAUUGGCAAAGUGCUUCGACUACUUUGCAAAGGUUGCGAGUGUCAUAACUGAUUUGGAGGCCUUGAAGGAGAGCACCCUGCAUGUGCUGGAGCACUUUGCGGCAGAGAGGUGCAUCUACUUGGAGCUGCGAACGUCUCCCAAGCAGUUCAAGGUGUCCUCCAAGGAUGGCUCGGAGAAGACCACCACGAAGCUGCAAUACUUGGAGACAGUGCGUGAAGCCAUCGAUGAGUUUCAUGCGAAGGCUCAGGAGCGAUUCGGCUUCGUUAUGGAGGUCAAAGUACUUCUCAGCGUCGACCGCGGCAAAGUGACGUCUAAGGAGAGUGCACUAGCUCAGAUCGAUGACAUUCUCGUCAUGCACAAGGAGCAUUCUGAUUUGGUAGUUGGCAUAGACAUCUGUGGCAACCCCCACUCGCCAACGGUGAAGCCGUACCUCCUACCAGCACUUCUGGAGAGAAGCCAUACGUUUCAGCGGCUUCCGAUAACAUUCCACACGGCAGAAAUUCUUGACGAUGAGGAAAGCGAGCUGAUUGUUGAAAGCAUGCGAAAGCUCAACGUCAGGCGCUUGGGCCAUGUGACUUAUCUUCCUGAUAAAUGCCGAGAGCGCAUUCAACGAGGCAUUUUCGACGACAUUGGUGUGGGCAUUGAGAUUUGCCCAACCUCGAACAUGAUAACCAAGGAGAUUCCAAGCUUGGAGGAUCAUCACUUCUUGGACUGGUGGAAGAAGUCCGACAAGAUCCUCCUUAGCGUAAACACGGAUGAUGUCGGUCUGUUUUCUUGUGAUCUGUCCUCGGAGAUUUACGACCUGGCCAGUGCGUUUCAUUUAUCAAGAUCUGACGUCGUUGAAAUCCAGCGGCAGGCUAUCCUGUCAGCAUUUCAUCCGGACACGAAGCAACUUCUGCGCAUGUUUGACGAUAUGUUGUCAAGCUCAGCUCCAAAGGCAUACGUGAAUCCAGCGCCUCAGGUCAAUGGCUACAAGCGUCAGAAGCUGAACGGGCUUGCCGCAUAG